AUAUAAGCUCCGCCCACUCCUGAUAUAAUGCUCCCACCUGUCACUUGUGCCGCAAGUCUUUUCUGUUGUUCUGAACUCUAAAUAUUGUCAGGAUGAUGACAACAGUUACACUCAGCACCGGGGCAAAAAUGCCAAUUGUUGGCCUUGGAACAUGGAGGGGAGGACAAGGAAAAGUUGCUGAGGCCGUGAAGGUGGCUAUAAGUAACGGAUACAGGCAUAUAGACUGUGCUUACGUGUACGAGAACGAGGAGGAAGUUGGGGCUGGAAUUCAUGCAAUGAUUGACCAAGGAGUUGUGAAAAGGGAAGAUCUGUUUAUUGUCAGCAAGUUAUGGUCCACCUUCCAUGCUCCAUCUCUGGUGAAGUCGGCGUGUGAGAAGACUCUCAGUGACCUGAAACUGGACUAUUUGGACCUGUACCUCAUGCAUUUCCCGACAGCCCUGAGGCCUGGGAAAGAACUUUUUCCAAAAGAUGAGGAACAGCAAAUCAUUUAUGAUGACACCAGUUUCUUGGACACUUGGGAGGCCAUGGAGAAGCUGGUGGAUGACGGGCUGGUCAAAGCGAUCGGUGUAUCAAACUUCAACAAAGACCAGAUUGAAGCCAUCCUCAAUAAACCCGGCCUCAAGCACAAACCCGUCACCAACCAGAUUGAGGGUCACCCUUAUCUGAAUCAAGAGAAGAUGAUCAACUACUGCAAGUCAAAGGGCAUCGUUGUGACCGCCUUUGCUCCUCUGGGUUCUCCUGAAAGACCCUGGGCUUCUCCAAAUGACCCCACGCUGCUGGAGGAACCAAUCAUUAAGGAAAUUGCAGCAAAGUACCAGAAAAGUUCAGCACAGAUUCUCAUGAAGUUUCACAUCCAGAGGAGUGUGGUCGUCCUUCCCAAGUCAGUAACACCAAGUCGUAUCAAAGAAAACAUCCAGUUGUUUGACUUUGAGUUAAGUGAAGAGGACAUGGGGAAAAUCCGAAGCAUGAACAAGAACUGGAGAGGAUUUCCAGCUCCAUGGGUGGCGACACAUAAACACUACCCAUUUAAUGCAGAAUAUUAAGUUAUUUGGAUUUUUUUUUUUUAACAACUGAAAUCUUCUUCAAAACAAAAUACAUAAAAAUAAAUCAACAUCCAUGCAAAACCAUGUUGUGUUUUCCUUAAUGCAAUAAUUGUGUGUAACAGGUAUGGUCUUAUUUUGUAUUAAAAUAUAGGAAAUUAGAAAAAAAACUUCCAAAAAGAGAAACUAUAACAAAAAAAUAAGGUUAAUGUCCCUUAAAACACCAACAACAGCUCCUGUAUGAGGGUCAUCACGCAGCAGAUCUAGUGUCUUUCCGCCCCCUGCUGGUCAUCAAAGAGAACUCCACUCAGAAAGCUU